CCUCCUCGGCAUCGCAUCACCACCAUCACCUCUGCUCUUGCUCUCCUCGUCGUCGAGGAUUAGGAUUCGUUUCGCGUAGCUAGAUCCUCGCGGAGUAGCAAUGGCGCCUCUCGGAGAAGGAGCUGCCGCAGCGGCCGCGUCGGCGAGCCUGGUGGUGUCGUUCGGCGAGAUGCUGAUCGACUUCGUGCCGGACGUGGCCGGCCUCUCGCUGGCCGAGUCCGGCGGCUUCGUCAAGGCCCCCGGCGGCGCGCCCGCCAACGUCGCCUGCGCCAUCUCCAAGCUCGGCGGCUCGUCCGCCUUCCUCGGCAAGUUCGGCGACGACGAGUUCGGGCACAUGCUCGUGGACAUCCUCAAGCAGAACGGCGUCAACUCGGAGGGCUGCCUCUACGACCAGCACGCGCGCACGGCGCUGGCCUUCGUCACGCUCAAGCGCAACGGCGAGCGCGAGUUCAUGUUCUACCGCAACCCCAGCGCGGACAUGCUGCUCACGGAGGCGGAGCUCAACCUGGACCUCAUCCGCCGCGCCAAGAUCUUCCACUACGGCUCCAUCUCGCUCAUCGCCGAGCCCUGCCGCUCCGCGCACCUCGCCGCUAUGCGCGCCGCCAAGGACGCGGGCAUCCUCUGCUCCUACGACCCCAACGUGCGCCUCCCGCUCUGGCCCUCGGAGGAGGCCGCGCGCUCGGGCAUCCUCAGCAUCUGGAAGGAGGCCGACUUCAUCAAGGUCAGCGACGACGAGGUGGCCUUCCUCACGCAGGGAGAUGCCAACGACGAGAAGAACGUGCUCUCGCUCUGGUUCGACGGGCUCAAGCUCCUCAUCGUCACCGACGGCGACAAGGGAUGCAGAUACUUCACCAAGGACUUCAAGGGGAGCGUGCCCGGCUACAAGGUGAACACCAUUGACACCACCGGCGCCGGUGACGCCUUCGUCGGCUCCCUCCUCGUCAAUGUCGCCAAGGACGACUCCCUCUUCCACAACGAGGAGAAGCUGCGCGAGGUGCUCAAGUUCUCCAACGCCUGCGGCGCCAUCUGCACCACCCAGAAGGGCGCCAUCCCGGCGCUGCCCACCAUCGCCGCCGCGCAGGAGCUCGUCAGCAAGGGCAACUAGACGAUGCCGCCGCCGCCUCGCUGCCUUCGUCGCCCCUCGUCGUCGUACUUAAAUUGAUUAGGAGAUCCUUUAGCUGCUUCUUUUAGAUGGUGUGCUCGUCUGGGUUAAUUUUAGCUCGUGGUUUGGUGGUGUGGUGUGAGAGAACAUGGUUUUGGCCCGGGGCUCUAAUAAAAAAGUUGGCAUGCGUGGUGGCAUUUUAUUUUAGCUUAA